AUGGGUGUUUCGGAUUUUUUGUUUGUGUGCCUGAUUAGUUCUUUGCCGGGUCCACCCGGAGUACGAAUCGAAGAUGCCUAUGUGCAACUGUUUCCUGUUAGCAAGCAGAAAUGCCACAAAGUCGAUCCAGUUAGAGAUAUUUCUUAUCAACUUUACACAAGGCACAAUCCCUUACAACCACAGCCUUUGAGGAUCGGGGACGAUCAGUUAUUGCAAGCGUCUCAUUUGAAUUUCUCUGAACCCACCGUUCUGUUCUUCCAUGCCUUUUUUGAAUCUUACCAAGCUACUCCAGCCACUACAAUUAAAACAGCCUAUUUACAACGUGGAGACCACAACAUAAUCCUGUUGAACGCUCAGAGGCUGGAGGCCGGUCCGUGGUACCUCACAGCAUCCAAAAACACUAUGGUGGUAGGAGAAUACACAGCAAAAUUCAUUGACUACUUAGUUUCCAGGGGAUUAUAUUUGCCAAGUUUACACUUAAUAGGGCUAAGUCUGGGCGCCCAAAUGGCUGGCGUUUGUGGGCAGAACGUAAGAAGCGGGCGAAUUUCAAGGAUCACAGGUCUGGAUCCCGCUGGACCUUUGUUUACCAAAUGGCCCAAGAGUCUGAAAUUGGAUCCCGGUGAUGCUGAUUUCGUUGAUGUCAUUCACACGGACGCGGGAAUAUUCGGAUAUCCCAGACAAGUGGGUCAUGUUGAUUUUUGGCCCAAUCAGGGAAUAUCGCCACAGCCUGGUUGUUCAAUUCCAGAAGUGCAUAACAGAAAUCCAGACACAAUUUUAGAAAAGUUUUUCUGUAGUCACUGGCGAUCGUAUCAAUUUUAUGCCGAGUCUGUGGUGGACGACCGAGCAUUUUGGGCAGUUUCUUGUGCUAACUGGGAUGACUAUGCUGCUGGUAACUGUAAUUCUGAAGAGAGACAUGCCACAAGAAUGGGUUUAUACAUUGACUAUAGCUCACAAGGAAACUAUUUCUUAAGGACCAACCCAGAAUCUCCGUUUUCUAUGACAUAGCUGGUGGAAAGCAUUAACAUUUCAGCACUUUGAAUUCUUACACUUUAUAGCUGUUUAGAUGAUUUCAAUGAAAUUCCAUGUUAAAGGUUCUAAGCUUAAAAUAUGGGAACUUCAUUGGGAUUAAUUGUUAUUUUAAUAUGAAUUGAAUGUUGUUCAAUUGCAUCGCUAUAUUAAGGUUUGUUGUAUUUUAUCGUUGUUAUUUGUAUUUAUUGUUCUGAAAUUUGUUAUUUUAUAAUUAAGUACAUCAUAUCCUAAAAACAUG